AUGGAUGGGCUCGGCCGCCGCCUCCGAGCCAGCCUGAGGCUGAAGCGCGGCCGCUGGGGACCUCCCCAGGACAAUCUGGGAGAAGUAGUGAAGGAACCAGAAAGAGCCUUGGAGCACUAUCUACCCAACUUUGCUGGAGGCCAGCACUUCUUUGAAUACCUCCUCGUGGUUUCUCUCAAAAAAAAGCACUCAGGGGAAGAUUAUGAGCCCACAAUCAUCUACCAGUUUCCCAAGCGAGAGAACUUGCUUCGGGGUCAACAAGAGGAGGAGGAGAGGCUGCUUGGAGCCAUCCCCUUGUUCUGCUUCCCAGAUGGGAACGAGCGGGCCCCACUCACUGAGUGUCCCAGGGAGACCUUCUCGUUCGUUCUGACCAAUGUGGACGGGAGCAGGAAGAUUGGAUACUGCAGGCGCCUCUUGCCCGCCGGCCGUGGUCCUCGCCUCCCCAGGGUGUACUGCAUCAUCAGCUGCAUUGGUUGCUUCGGCUUGUUCUCCAAGAUCCUGGAUGAAGUGGAAAAGAGACAUCAGAUCUCCAUGGCCAUCAUCUACCCAUUCAUGCAGGGCCUCCGAGAGGCAACCUUCCCCGCUCCUGGGAAGACUGUCACCCUCAAGAGCUUCAUCCCUGACUCAGGCACUGAGUUCAUUUCCCUGACGCGUCCCUUGGAUUCCCACUUAGAGCACGUGGAUUUUAGGUCUCUCAUGCGUUGCCUCAGUUUUGAGCAGAUCCUUCAGAUCUUUGCCUCUGCAGUGCUGGAAAGAAGAAUCAUCUUCUUGGCAGAAGGUCUCAGCACCCUGUCUCAGUGCAUCCACGCUACUGCCGCGCUGCUCUACCCCUUCAGCUGGGCCCACACCUACAUCCCCGUGGUCCCCGAGAGCCUGCUGGGAACUGUCUGCUGCCCUACUCCCUUCAUGGUUGGAGUCCAAAUGCGCUUCCGGCAGGAGGUUUUGGACAGCCCCAUGGAAGAGGUCCUGCUGGUGAAUCUUUGUGAAGGAACCUUCCUAAUGUCAGUUGGUGAUGAAAAAGACAUCCUACCACCCAAGCUUCAGGAUGACAUCUUAGAAUCUCUUGGUCAGGGCAUCAAGGAGUCACGGACUUCUGAGCAAAUCAAUGAGCACGUUUCAAGGCCUUUUGUGCAGUUCUUUGUCAAGACUGUGGGCCACUAUGCUUCCUACAUCAAGCGGGAGGCGAAUGGGCAAGGCCGCUUCCAAGAACGGGCCUUCUAUAAGGCUCUGACCUCCAAGGCCAACCGCCGGUUUGUGAAGAAAUUUGUGAAGACCCAGCUCUUCUCCCUUUUCAUCCAGGAAGCCGAAAAGAGCAAGAACCCUCCUGCAGAUUAUUUCCAAAAGAAAAUACUUGAAUAUGAGGAACAGAAGAAACAGAAGAGACCAAAGGAAAAGACUGUGAAGUAA